AUGGGCUCCAUCAUCUGGGACGAUGAACACCAAUACAUAGGCAAACAGCCCUGGUGGAAAGCCGCAUCCUUCUAUCAAGUCUACCCAGCCAGCUUCAAAGACUCCAACAACGACGGCUGGGGCGAUUUACCCGGUCUCAUCUCCAAGCUCGAUUAUCUAAGCGAUCUUGGCAUCGACGUCGUAUGGGUAUCUCCCAUUUUCGAGAGUCCUCAGAAAGACAUGGGCUACGACGUCUCAGACUAUCAAAAAAUCUACGAACCCUACGGCAGUGUUGAAGAUGUCGAUAUUCUCGUCAAAGAAUGCCAUGCGCGAGGUCUCAAGAUUAUUCUCGAUCUUGUUGUGAAUCACACGUCGAUAGAGCACGAGUGGUUCAAAGAAUCGAGGUCUUCAAAGGACAAUCCCAAGAGGGAUUGGUAUAUCUGGAAACCAGCGCGGUAUGAUGAGAACGGCGUGAGAUAUCCUCCUACGAACUGGAGGGGAUAUUUUGCGUGCUCGACGUGGACUUGGGACGAGCACACGCAAGAAUACUAUCUUCAUCUUUAUGCGCCUGAUCAACCUGAUUUGAAUUGGGACAAUGAUGAGUGUCGAGAAGCGAUUUACGAAAAUACUAUGCGCUUUUGGCUUGAUCGCGGCGUUGAUGGGUUUCGCAUUGAUACCGUUAACAAAUACUCCAAGAGGCGAGACUUUGUCGACGCGCCUAUCACGGAUCCCUCGUCGCCUCAUCAGCCUGCGCCUGAAAUGUGGUGCAACGGACCGCGCAUUCAUGAGUUUAUCCAUGAAAUGUAUGAGAAAGUCCUUGGGCCUUAUAAUGCGGUUUCAGUGGGUGAGCUUUCAAACACGCCUAAUCCUUCACAAGUCAUUCCCUAUGUCUCAGCCGCUGCGAAAGAGUUGGACAUGGUGUUUGAGUUCUCCAUGAUCAGACUUGGUAAUGGCAAUGGGUUUGGUGACAAGUAUAUUUACGAACCGUUCCCGUUAUCGAAGCUCAAGGCGUUUGUGUAUAAGUGGCAGAGCUUUAUUGAGGGUACAGACGCGUGGGCAACAGCUUUCUGCGAGAACCACGACAAUGGCCGUGCGGUCGACCGUUUCGGUGACGCGUCAACGCCAGAGUGGUGGCUAAAGUCAGCAAAGACUUUGGCUACCUGGCAAACGACGCUCACGGGCACUUUAUUCCUAUACCAAGGACAAGAAAUUGGCAUGACCAACAUGCCCAAGUCGUGGGGAAUUGAAGAAUACAAGGAUAUCGAAAGCAGCAACUUCUACGCUGAAGCCGUCGCGUCAGGAGACGAGAAGCGCGUUAGAGACACCAUGCACGGUCUUCAAAUCAUGGCGCGUGAUCACUCGCGUAUUCCCUUCCAAUGGGAUGAUUCACCCAACGCUGGCUUUGCCGACGCGUCUGCGAAGCCAUGGAUGAGAGUCCACGAUGACUAUCGCGAUAUCAACGUCGCUAAGCAGGUCAAAGACCCAAACUCCAUUCUCAGUUUCUACAAAGCCAUGCUGCGCCUUCGAAAAGAAUAUCAAGAUAUCUUUGUAUUUGGUUCUUUCAAACUUCUAGAUCCUGAAGAUGAAUCGCUGUUUUGUUAUGUGAAAGAGAGUGUUGCACCUGUUAAGGGACGACGGGGUGAGAAGAGGAAGGCUGUUGUUGUGUUGAAUAUGAGUCGAGAGGAUAGACUUGGCCCGGAUGUUCCUACUGUCUUGGGAUGCUCGCAUGAGGAUGUGAGGUUGAUGGCGUAUACGAGGGAGACUGCGGGCGGAUUGAAAGUGGGACGGCCGAUGCUUGCGGGCUGGGAGAGUCGGGUUUAUGUUAACUUUGAGCUGGAAUAGGCGUUACUGAAUAUUUGGUAUAGAUAAUCAGGAGAACUGCAACUCAGUCAGAUUCAUUUGUAGACC